AAGGCUGUACAACACGACGCUUCCUCCGCUUCCCUGUAUCAGCGUUUUACGCCGUGACGUCACCCGGACCCGGAAGUCGGAGCCUUCUCGAAGAUGGCGUCGCUACGCUGUCGGCGCGAUCCGUGCGGCGUCGUCUGCCUUGUUUUGACCUACUUCAGCGUCUUUUACGCGGACUACGUGGUGGUCCAGUACGUGCUCAUCCCUGCGUACUCGAACAGUGUGUGGUGCACCCUGCACGGAUCUGCCUUCAACGUCAUUUUGCUGCUGCUGCUGGCCUGCCACUCCAAGGCUGUAUUCUCGGACCCUGGUGUGGUGCCCCUCCCUGAGACGGCGCUGGACUUCUCAGACUUCCGCUCGCAGUCGUCGCGAAUCAGCGACAGAGGCUGCGAGGGCUGGACCGUAUGCAGCCGCUGUGAAACCUACAGACCCCCGCGGGCGCAUCACUGUCGCGUGUGCCAAAGAUGUAUACGCCGCAUGGACCAUCACUGUCCCUGGAUCAAUAACUGCGUGGGAGAGCUGAACCAGAAGUAUUUCAUCCAGUUCCUCUUCUACACGGGAGUGGCCAGCCUGUACUCCAUGCUGCUGGUGGUGUCGGCCUGGGUGUGGCGCAUCAGGAGCGAGCGGGAGAGAGACGCCCAGAGGGAAGAAGAGGACACGCCCAGCAAGCAUCUGAUUGUUGCGCACUACAUCAUUCUGCUGGUGGAGUCAGUCCUCUUUGGAGUCUUCGUCUUGGUCAUCUUCUACGACCAGCUGGCGUCGAUAGUCAGUGACGAGACGCCCAUCGAGCAGAUGAGGCACAGGCUUCUGAUGAAGGACAAAGGUUCCUCCUCUUCGCAGCCGCCUCACCAAGCCACACACACACGUAAGCCUAAGCUGGCUUUGCUACGGGAGGUUUUCGGACGAGGUUCCAUCUUCUGCUGGCUCCUCCCACUGCACUCCAGCACCCCGUCAGUCGGAGGAGUCGCCUACUCUGCCCUGCCUGACUACGACGUGUGACCUGUGAACAAAGGCCCGUGAAUGUUCUGCCUAACGAGGAAGGCAGCAGAUGAUGUGCCUCAAGAACUCGAGCACAUGGUCAGACCUGUGUCCUGCAGCUGAGCUCCCAGGAUUAUUGGCUCUUGUUUACUUUGAGUGUGAACACAGGAAUAUUUUACACAUUUGAUGGGACAUUUUUUUUAAAAAUUGGAUAGAAUUUGUAGCCUGGAUGGCAACUAAUCUCAAGGAAUGUGAAAGACCUGCCUGCAAAUGAUCCAUGCUGCAUUUUGUCUUAUAGGACCUCCGUUCCCAGGCUAUGUCUCAAUCCACAAACUUCCAUACUUCCACAGUCUAUUGAGUGUGGAAAAAUGCAGUACUGGAUACCUGGAUGUUGUACUCAAGACUGGUCAAAAUGGUGAGUAAGCAGGCAGUGCUGGACACUUGGCACCCACAGUCGUCACUGUCUUGGCUACGUAGCGAAAGAAAAAGGGCUAACUCGACUGAUUGCGAUUCACAAUUAAAAAUGGGAGAAGACGAAGGUAAAUAUUGCGGUCUUCAAAAUUUGCACAUUCAGGAACUGAGUUCACAGUACACUCAAUGAUUAACUAAGUUCACAGUAUACCUAAAGGGGAACUGCAAUUUUUUGGAGGGAAUUUUGCUUAUUCACAAUCCUUAUGCAAGACAAAAAGAACAAAUAUGUUUUUCUUUUUUAAUGCAUUCUAACUAGUAAAUAAAUGCAAUCAAAAGUCUGCUUACAAUGGAGCCUAUGGGAUCUGAUCUAUUCUGUUUAUAAAGCGCUUAAAAAAACAACCAAACACCUCCAAAGUUUUAUGAACACACUGUAAGCAUAUAUGUAAUGUAGUAACAAACAUAUUUAUAUUAUAAGAUGUAAUAUUUAUGUAUUUUGCUCAAUUUAAGCAUAAGGUAGCUCUGGCUGCAACAACUAAUCGAUUAAAUCGAUUAAAAUCGAUUAUAAAUAUAGUUGGCGAUUAAUUUAGUCAUCAAUUCGUUGGAUCUAUGCUAUGCGCAUUUUUUAUUUUAUUUUAUUUUUUUAAAUAAACCUUUAUUUAAAAGCUGCAACAUGUACAAACAGCUGAGAAACAAUAAUAAAAAUAAGUAUGGUGCCAGUAUGUUGUUUUUUUCAAUAAAAUACUGGAAAGGAUAGAAAUGUAGUUUGUCUCUUUUAUCCGAUUAUUAAUCGACAGAUUAAUCGAUUAUCAAAUUAAUCGUUAGUUGCAGCCCUAAAGGCAGCGCAUUAAUAAAAAAAAAUGUGACAUUGCUUUUCCUCAACAUCACUGAUUAGUACUCAUGCAUACUUCAUGAGUCAAAAAACAAUUAAACAUCACUUACUGUAUAAUGUCUGCUGUCACUUGUAUGCCAACUGUUUGAAUGUUCAUUAAUUCCCGUUUAGAUGAAGAAUCAAUUAUAAACCUCGCAAAGCAAAAAAGAGGGGUGGAACCAAGCGUCUUUCUCGCCAUUUCUGGGUCUAAAUUGGAUGCCAAAGUUGACCAACUUGUCAGACUAUGUCCUCAUAUUUUUACUGUCCAGGUGAAAGCAUUGUUUAUUAUCUAGAGUAAUAUUCUGCGAGCUCCGAGGUGAGAAAUCAGCUCACCAGCUAAUGACGUCAUAAAGCAGCAACACACUUGUCAGCUCUCUGUGUCAAUGUGCUGCUAAAAUAGUUUCUCUACAUUGUUGUUUAUACUAACAAUAUCAUUAAUGCUUGGUUAAAAUUCAGGACACACGAUGUAAAUGAAGUAUUGUUGGCGCUUUUUGGAUGGUUAUUUAGAUGGCUUUAUGGGCGGAGUAGAGCACCUCCCAAUAACUCCAUUGUAAGCAGAUUUGCAUUUAUGAGUUAGUAUUAGGAAUGUCCGGUAAUAUCGGACUGCCAAUAUUAUCGGCCGAUAAAUGCUUUAAAAUGUAAUAUCGGAAAUUAUUGGUAUCGGUUCCAAAAUUAUCGGUAUCUGUUUCAAAAAGUAAAAUUUAUGACUUUUUAAAACGCCGCUGUGUACACGGACGUAGGGAGAAGUACAGAGUGCCAAUGAACCUUAAAGGCACUGCCUUUGCGUGCCGGCCCAGUCGCAUAAUAUCUACGGCUUUUCACACACACAAGUGAAUGCAAUGCAUACUUGGUCAACAACCAUACAGGUCACACUGAGGGUGGACGUAUAAACAACUUUAACACUGUUACAAAUAUGCGCCAUACUGUGAACCCACACCAAACAAGAAUGACAAACACGUUUUGGGAGAACAUCCGCACCGUAACACAACAGAACAAAUACCCAGAACCCCUUGCAGCACUAACUCUUCCGGGAUGCUACAAUAUACACCCCCUGCUACCCCCCUCAACCCCGCCCACCUCAACCUCCUCAUGCUCUCUCAGGGAGAGCAUGUCCCAAAUUCCAAGCUGCUGAUUUGAGGCAUGUUAAAAAAAAUAAUGCACUUUGUGACUUCAAUAAUUAAUAUGGCAGUGCCAUGUUGGCAUUUUUUUCCAUAACUUGAGUUGAUUUAUUUUGGAAAGCCUUGUUACAUUGUUAAAUGCAUCCAGCGGGGCAUCACAACAAAAUUAGGCAUAAUAACGUGUUAAUUCCACAACUGUAUAUAUCGGUAUCGGUUGAUAUCGGAAUCGGUAAUUAAGAGUUGGACAAUAUCGAAAUAUCGGAUAUCGGCAAAAAAGCCAUUAUCGGACAUCUCUAGUUAGUAUGCAUAAAAAAAAUACAUCUGUCUUGUCUCAUGAUUGUGAACGAUAUGCAAAAUUCCAAAAGAAAGUGUGGUUACCCUUUUAAUGGAGUGAACUGACAAAGUACUCACACAGUGGGUAAGGGAAGUAUUCAGACCCCUUUAAACUUUUCACUCCGUUUCAUUGCAGCCAUUUGCUCAAAUCAAAUUAUUUGUCAUUGAUGUACACUCAGCACCCCAUCUCAAUACAAAAACAGAAAUGUAGACAUUUUUGCAAAUGUAUUAAAAAAGAAAAAUUGAAAUGUCACACGGUCAUAAGUAUUCAGACCCUUUGCUCAGUAUUGAGUAGAAGCAUCCUUUUGAGCUAGUACAGCCAUGAGUAUUCCUUGGAAUGAUGCAACAAGUUUUUCACAUUUGGAUUUGGGGAUCCUCUGUCAUUCUUCCUUGCAGAGCAUCUCCAGUUCUAUCAGGUAAGAUGGUGAACAGCCAUUUUCAGGACUCUACAAAGAUGCUCAAUUGGGUUAAGGUCAGGGCUCUGGCUGGGACAGUCAAGAAUGGUUACAGAGUUGUUCCGAAGCCACUCUUGUUUUAUCUGUGUACUUAACGUCACCUUCCAACAAAGAAGGUGAACCUUCGGCCCAGUCUGAGGUCCUGAGCACUCCGGAAGAGGUUUUCUUCCAGAAAAUCUUUGUACUUGGCCGAAGUUAUCUUUCCUUCAGUUGCAACCAGUCACCCUGUAGCUGAAAAACACCCCCAUAGCAUGAUGCUGCCACCACCAAGUUUCACUAUUGGGAUUGUAUUGGGCAGGUGAUGAGCAGUGGCUGGUUUUCUCCACACAUACUGCUUAAAACUAACGCCAAAAAGUUCAAUCUGGAUCUUAUCAAACCAUCCAUCCAUCCUAUUGCAUGUCCCUUUCAGGGUCGCGGGGGGUGCUAGAGCCUAUCUCAGCUGCAUUCGGGCAGAAGGCAGGGUACACCCUGGACAAGUCGCCACCUCAUUGCAGGGCCAACACAGAUAAACAACAUUCACACUCACAUUCACACACUAAGGCCAAUCAGAGAAUCUUAUUUCUCAUAGUCUGGGAAUCAUUCAUGUGUUUUUUGGCAAAGUCUAUGCAGGAUUUCACAUGUCUUGCACUGAGGACAGGCUUCCGUCGGGCCAUUCUGCCAUAAAGUCCCAACUGGUGGAGGGCUGCAUUGAUAGUUGACUCUGUGGAACUUUCUCCCAUCUCCCUACUGCAUCUCUGGAGCUCAGCCACAGGGAUAUUUGGGUUCUUCUUUACCUCUCUCACCAAGGCUCUUCUCCCACGAUUUCUCAGUUUGGCUGGACACCCAGGUCUAGGAAGAGUUAUGGUCACCCCAAACUUCUUCCAUUUUAGGACUAUGGAGGUCAUUGUGCUAUUAGGAACUUCCAGUGAUGCAGACAUGUAUUUUAUAACCUUGGCCAGAUGUGUGCCUUGCCACAAUUCUGUCUCUGAACUCAUUGAGCAGUUCCUUCGACCUCAUGCUUGUCAUUUGCUCUGACAUGCACUGUGAGCUGUAAGGUCUUGUAUAGACAAAUAGGAGCAUUUCCAAAUCAAGUCCACUCAGUUCAAUUAAACAGAGCUGGACUCCAUUGAAGGAGCAGAACCAUAUCAAGAAGGAUCAGAAGAAAUAAACAGCAUGGGAGUUAAAUAUUGUCAGAGCAAAGGGUCUGAAUACUUAAUACAUUUAGCAAAAAUGUCUACAUUUCUGUUUUUUCUGUCAAAAUGGUGUGCUGAGUGUACAUUAAUGAGAAAUAAAAUUAACUUUUUUUGAUUUUAGCAAAAGUCUGCAAAGAAACAGUAAAACAUUUAAAGGCGUCUGAAUAUUUUUUCUACCCACUGUAGCUAAAGAAUGACUGAGGCUGUGUCUCAAAUCGAAUACUUCUGUACAGCGUACACAUACUGAAGUGUACUUAGUUCCUCAAUGUGCACAAAUGUUGACAUUGUCGUGUUGUCCCAGAUUACUGUCGCCGCACCUUUUUAGGUGAAAUAUUUACCCGUUACUUCUCCUUUAAUUGUAAACUGCGACUUCUCGAGUCAGUCCAUCACAGUGUAGCCAAGAUAUGGACUAUUGAGGGUAGUAAGUGUCUAGCACUCAAAAGACAAAGUGUAGUUACAGAAGUGUGCCAAUUGAGACACAGUCCUCGUUUGGGUUGUUUUUGUUGCUCCUCCCACAUCAUGGCAGUCUAACUGAAAGAUGAGGAAACCGUGAAGGGAUUUUAUUUGUGUUGUAUUAUUUAUAUUGUUGUUACUGACUUGAAGUGUGUUGCAUAUUUCCACACAUUCAGUAGCGUACUAUGCUGUGUCUCAUUGAAGAAAUGCUUGUUUACACCAACUACUAACUGGGAAAAAAAAUGCACGUUGUUGGUUUCAUAAGGAUUUCAAGUAUGGCAGGUGGCAUUCAAAAGCGCACUGAGAUUAAUUUGUCUUCAAUUAUGCUAAUGUUGGAUACAAAUCAUCCACAUUUUUAGGAUGGGUCUUUUGUGUCCAAACAAGGUGAUUUCAGCAGACUGAAGCUGAUUCAUUAGACAUUUUCUAUAUUUGUCAACCAAUGAAAACAAUUGUCAUCAGAUUUACAUAAGACAUCUUAUUUAUGAAUUUUUGUGUUUUGAUCUGGCAAAUUAUUUAAAAAGUGACUAAAGUAACUUGAUGCAAUUACUAUUACAAAAAGCUCUUCCACUUUAUUUUUUUUAAUAAAUAUCUGUUGAGGACAUGUACAAUGUUUUAUUUAUUGUUGCAACAUUUAAACAGUCCUAUUGUUACUAUUGCUGCUUAUAUGUUGCUUCAACUUCUUCAAAUUUGAAAAUGUCUUUUCAACUCAACUGACUGUGUAGGAGUGGAUUUUUCCCUUAAAUUGUCUUUACAAUAACAAGACUCCUAUUGUAUCUUACUGUACUGUUUAUAAUAAUAUCAUCAAUCCAUAUUUAUCAAUGUAGAUAAGUUAACAAUUUAAAGGGACAAAAGCAGAAUGGUUUCAAACUACAUUAUACAUUACACUGGACUGAACACUUUUGGGCACAAGAAGUGGUCAUUAGACAUUUACCAUGCUGUCAGUGUCAUGUGUCACGGUGAAGCUUAGACGCUUGUAGCAAACAGGAAGAUCUGGAGCAGAGGCAUGACCCUGAGUGUUGAAAGGUCAGCAAGGACAGCCUGCAGUUGAACAAAUAACAUACUAUUAAUGAGUUAUGUGAAAAUAUAUAUGUCGCCAUUGUUUGUUUUGUAAGAUGUGCCGCUGAUAUAUUCUUUGCUACGUAUAGCAAUGUCUCUAAAGCAGGGGUGUCAAAACUACGGCAGCUCUUUUUUUUUUCCUUUUGGAUUUCGGCAUAUUCUGAAAUUUUAUUCACCUUAAAUUUAGUCACCGUGUCGUCACUUAUGUUGCUCAUUGGUAUGCGCUUUCAGUGUAGGAUGUAAGUAAGACAAAAAACAUGACUACCUUUUCUAUGAAAAAAAGCUUGUCAUCAAUCAAUGCAUUAAAGGCAAUUUGGUUGUCUAGGGAGAGGCAGGAGUGUAAGCCAACACUGCUAUCUAGUGGCCAGCUGACAAUACAAAAGUUAUGGCUUUGAAAGUCCAACACAGGCCUAACUUAAGUAUUUCACAACAUUUACUCUUCUUGUUUGCU